AUGGUUCCUCCGCCGUCAAACCCGCAAGAAGUGCAACAAUUCCUCUCCUCCGUCCUCUCACAACGCGGCCCCAACUCCUCCCCUUACGACGAAUCCACCAAGUGGCUACUCAGACAACACCUCCUCGACCUAAUCACCUCCCACCCUUCCUUAACCCUCAAAACGGCGACGUCCCAUUCCUUAAAUCACCUACAAGCAGAUGGAACCAUCCCGAUGAUUUACCACGGGGUCACAUACAACAUUCCCGUCGUCAUCUGGCUACUAGAAUCUUACCCUUUCCACCCUCCUUGCGUCUACGUGAACCCCACUCCCGAUAUGAUCAUCAAACAGCCCCAUGCACACGUCAACUCUUCGGGACUCGUCUCGUUGCCUUACCUCCAGAACUGGGUUUACCCUAGCUCCAAUCUCGUUUAUCUCGUCUCCGAGUUAAGCGCUGCUUUUGCUUGCGAUCCUCCUCUCUACUCGCGACGCCUUCCUGAUCAGUCAUUGUCUCCUUACCACCAGCACGUUCACCACCACCACCAGAAAUCAGAUGACGUGGCGGAGGAUGUUAUUGACUCUUGGUCUUGGGUUAGGGAGAACCAAGGGAUGGCCACGAGUUUAGUUUAUCUGAAUUUGGAUUUACCUGUUGAAAAUGCGGUUUAUUCAAUUGAUAAGCCGUUUCAAGAUGGGGUUGGCCCGUUUGAUCAGUACUCGAGGACUAUGAGGUGGUUGUCGAGAGAUCAGUUCAGUACAUUUCCUUUUUUGGGAUGA